AUGGCGUCCACUCGGCCCCUCCACCGCCACCUCUCCCUUGCCUUCUCCCUCCCACUGUCCCCGCCGCCGCCGCCGCCACUGCUGCCACGUCUCUUCCGGGUGUCGGCGCAAACUGAUGACGUUCCGGUCCGUCCGCCGUCACCUUCCCUCCCGCUCUGCCCACAGGCGGCAAAGAAGCGAAGGCGGGACGUCGAUCAGCCAAUCGGAAACGGCGGCGGGCGAUUUGAAUGCCGUUUCCAGACACGAGCGCGGUACUCGGGGGAUAAAGACGGGCCUAAGAUGGCGGCACUGGGCAAGCGGGGUCACGCCGGAGGUGCGUUCUCACUGGCAAGGAGAAGAUCAGCAACGGAGAGUGAAGAAGUGCCGGUGCCGGCCGUCAAACGCUCCAUCGUUUUGAAGAAGAUCAAACCUCAGAAAAACCUCACUCCAGGCACAUCUACAGCCCCAAGGCGAAGCCCUCGGGUCCAUGCCGAGGCCAUGAAGGAGAACGUGUGUCAGGUCUCCCCUGGGCCGGGGGCUGAGGCUGAGCCACCUCCCCCGCUGCCCGUCACCACCACCCCCUCCGCCGAGGACCCUGAAGUGCCGCCGCGCGACCCAGACCUGGUGAUGUCCCAGAAGGUGCGGCGUUCCUACAGCCGGCUGAGCCCGUUCGGCACGCAGGCUGGCAAUGCCAGUGACGGCUCCGGCUCCGACACCUCCACCCCCAACCAGUGGCACCCGGCGCGCCGUUCCUUCUUCGGCUUCGAGAGGCUCCUGGCCACCGAGGCCCUGCCGGCUGUCUCGCCGGUGAAGCCCGUCAACCCGCGGGAGAAGCCGUCGGCCCCGCUCCUGUCGCCGGGCGCCAUUCCUGGUGUGGCCGCCGCCAAAGAGAAGAAGAAGAAACGGAGGGUAGUUGAGAUUGAGAAGUCGGUGCUGGAUGAGUGGGCAGCACAGAUGAAUGCCAGCUUCGAAGAGGCCGAACGCUUCGAUCUCGUGGUGGAGUGAAGUGGAUUCCGAUGUUCUUCCUCAAACUGCGCACGGUCGGCUGUGAGCCGAGCAGACACCUUUGUGGAUAUAAAAACUGGGUUUUGCAGUAAAUCGCACGUGAACCUGCCUCCAAGAUUACCGCAGCUACACAGAACCCUUUGCCCUGUAGAGUAGGAGUGUAGAGGACUGAGGAGAUUCUUGUGGGGACUUUUGCUGGGGAUUUCUGUUCUGUGGGGCAACUGACUAUGUAAUUGCACGCUCUACCCAAGCCAGUGUGCCUGAUUAAGCAUCCCUCUACCCUCCGGGCUCCCAGUGUGGUUGUUCACAUGCUCUCCGCUCUCCAUUCUGGUAGGGUCUUUCACCUCCUGAAACCCAUCCUACUAGCAGGGUGGUCAGGAUCUGUGGCCAGACCUAACACUCUCCAUUUCCCUAUCAGCUAUUGCUUCCCACCACCCCCGAGCGAUCACUGGCAGCAUCCCCACCUCCCCACUGAAGUUUAUGAGAAUCCCACCGAUGAUUUAAUUGCAGAUGAUCUUCCCUUCCAUCUUUCCCCUUCUCGCCUCUUUCCGAUGCAUUUUGUUCUCAAGGAAGUGUUUUUCCUUUGAUCAAUCAUCGGGGGGGGGGCAAGAGAAUUAAUUGUAAUUGUGAUCUCAGUAUAUUAGAAAAUUAAUAUGUGCAGCAGUACAUUUAUAUAUAUUUUUUAAAAAAAUCAAAGUGAGAGAAAUCUGUGGUAAGAUGAUGGAAAUGACUGGGUAAUUGCUAAAGUAGGUUAUUAUUGUGCUGGUGUUAUCUCAGACAGUGUUGGUCCCACUCUAGUUGUUACGUUUGCUGAGGCUGUCGUUGUGUUUUACAGUUGACGCAGUGCAGAUUCACUCCGUCUGACUCUGUCUUACUCGCUGUUAAAUGCAGUCAACUCUGCCCGCUCUCCCUCUCGGUCCUGUGUGCGUGUCGGCUGCAGCCCCCUACAGUACGACCACGUGGUGACGUUAACACUCAGCGCAAGGUGGCUUUCCACUGUGGGAUAUAACGUCAGUGUCGCAAAACUCGCCCUGGAUUGAAUAACCGUGCGUGCCAGGGUCUGUGCGGGUGUGGUAGAUGAGGGUCCGAGUAUGUUGCUGAGUCAGGAAUGUGUGUGGGUGCAAGUCAGGUGUGUCGCUGUGAGUCGAGUGUGUUUGCGUUUGGUGUGAGUUGUGUAUCUGAGUCAAGUGUGUCAGUGUAAGUUGGGUCUGUGUGUUCAGGUGAGUAUGUAUCUGCGAGUGUGAGUGUGUCAGCUGUGUGUUCGUGUGAAUUUGCUUUUUACGAGAGUUUGCUGUCAGGUUAACAGUGGGGGGGAACCUCUGGCGGUAUCAGUGGUCUUUUGGGGAAACACCUGGGAUGUUGGCAGCUGUGUGUGUGUUUGAUUCCUGGGUACUGUGGAUGAGAUGUGGGUUCUUCGUUCCUAUGGCGUGGACGUUCUUGUCACUGUCCAGAGCAGGGGCCCCCGUGGGUGAGCGUUAAAAGUGUGCACGCCAGUCCCUCGCUUCCAGUUCAACAGUGUGAGGGGUGGGCCUGUCCCUCCAGUAAUCAAGAUGUUCGAUAAAACAAAUCCAUCUAUUGCUUUGAUGUCUGCUUGAAUUGAACUGAAAUCUCCCAGAUGAUUACUAACCUCGAUUAUUUUAAGACAGAACUACAGGUUUAAUUUGGCAGAGACUAAAUGAACAUUUUACACCCACCAGCCUGUACUGAAGGGCUGGUGUGGGGUUAUACAUAGAUGCCACGUUUUCCUGAAACAGUCCUACUGGUUUGGGAAAGUCCUCUGCACUCAGUACGAAUAGAAGUAGCUUGUGUUGUCUGUCUGGAUCUCUGGUCUCGCGGGCAUAGUGCCAUCUCUGAGCAAUGCUACGCAAGGUCCGUUUUUAUGUUUGAUAAUGAUGAUUGUAUUUGGAUUUCUAAUUUGUUGAUUAAGUAACCAAUAAAUGGUUAAAAAUACCCUUGCAGACAGUGCUUUGCAAACCUGGCCCCAAUAAACACUGUACCUCAACGCACACCGACAGUUUACUCCCCUCAUUCUAUGCUGCCUGACCUGCUGAGUUCCUCCUGCACUUUGUGUCUGUGAGUGUGGGGUACUUCAACUCAUGUUGGGUUACAUAGAACAUAGAAAACCUACAUCACAAUACAGGCCCUUCGGCCCACAAAGUUGUGUCAAACAUGUCCCUACCUUAGAAAUUACUGGGGUUA